AGAACCCCGGAUGUGGCUCAGACCCGUAGGGCUGGCCCCCAUGGGCUGGGACCGAGGCGUGUGAUCGAUGAGGUUAUGGAAGGGCCUGGCCCUGAGCCUCCUGGCCCCUUGCCUGGCGGAAGACUUCCUCCGCCGCCUCGGCGACAACUUCACUGAUGGCAACCUCACGAACACCACAAGCACUGAUACCACCACGCUUUCCACAACAGUUGCUGCUGUCACCACCGUUGGCGGAAAUGUAGCCACGACUCUGACAGCCACGACCACAACGAUGCCGCGAGAUGCACUGAGCCCGACGACGCUGGUCAUCAUCUUUGUGUUUCUGGGUGUGAUCAUUCUGAGCCUUUUGGGCUUGGCCAUUUACGGCGUGAUGGUCUGGAUGCAGCAAUCCGCCAGGGACAACAUCAAGCUGGUGAAGCAGGUGGACUCAGAAGCCGCAGACUUCGAAGCGAACCUCACCAGCCUUGCGAGCCAUGUGCAGCGCUUCAACCACCGCCUCGACCAGGACAAAGCCCUGAAAGAGAAGGUGAGCAAGGAUCUCACAGCCUGCUUGACGCGCUGGAAGAGUACUGAGGCGCAGAGCCGAGACUUCCUGGACAUCCAGUACACCCCCUGCCUGCGCGAGCGCCAGGAGCAGCAGCGCCGCAAGGAUCAGAUCCGCCGGCAGAAGAAGAUGAAGCGCUUGGAGGCCGCGAAGCAGCAGCAGCAGAAGCAACUCAUGACGCAGAUCAGACAGAAGCGUGCCGAGCUCGCAAAGGAGGAGAAACAGCGGGUGAAGGAGACAGGACAGCCAGCGCGGAGCAAAGAGGAGUUGGAUGCGUUGGCGGCGCAGAUGGUGCGUUCCGGCCAGGAAGAUUCAGGCCGAGCGGUGCUGGUCAUCGGUGCCAGUAGCGCGAACCUGGCUCCUGAGGAGGAGGUGGGCCUGUGCCCAGGGCCGGUGGUGACCAGAAAUAGCGAGCUGAGAUUGCAGCUGAAAAGCCUGGAGACGCUGCGCAAUGCCCACGCGGCCACCGUGACGGAGCUUAAGGAGCUCAGGGAUCAGGCCGGCAUCACCGGCCUCGAGGACCUCGAGCUGCGCCUGCCCUCCGAAGUCCCGAAGUCGCAGGGCUGGUGGGGCGGCGGGACCCACAACUACCUGGAUGAUCAGGUCAAAGUCAUCAAGUCCUUUGCACAUCCGCUCUUGCUGAAGAUCCAGGUGAAAUCCCACGGUGUCCUGGGCGUGGCGGAAGGUCAGAGCGAGCUGGCCCCCUUGGCCCCCGUGGAGGCUGUGGUGGUCGAUCCGGCUGGCUUCCCCUUCAUUGGCUACCGGAACAGCUGCAGGGGAGCUGGGGGUGCGUCAGGUUCCAUCUACAAGUGGUUGAAUCUUACAGCAGCCCCUGCAAAUGGGCGAUUUCCACCAGAGGUGAAUCGCCAUUUUGCUGCGACCCGAGAGGCGGAGGCGGAAACGCGUGCAAAGCUGCACGCCUACAAGCCCGGGCAAGUGGUCAUCCACACCGUGGGCCCGAAGCUCCGGGAUCUGCUGCCGGGGGUCCACGGCCUGUCGCGGGCGUACCUGAACGUGCUCACAGAGUACUGCCAGGCGAUCCUGCAGGAAGAGGCCGCUCCACCAGCGGGUGCAGCCAACCCAGCCAAAGGUGCAUCAAAGGGUUCGCAAGGCAGUGGCAAAGAGCCAGUGCGCAUCCCCCGGGUCUUGCGGCUUUGCCCCAUCUCCUCAGGGAUCUUCUGCGAAGAUCACAGGCUGCAGCCCCACAUGGCGGAGGUGACCUGGGCCUCGCUGUCGCUGGCUUUGGCCAUGCUGCCCAUGGCGCUGCAGGAUUUGCUGAAGUCCGUGGAGCUGGAGGUCUGUGUCUUCCAGAGCCGCGAGGUGGCCGCCUACCAGGCGGCAUUGGAGCCCAGGAAGGCCAUGGUCUCUGGCUCUCCGAAGCUUUCCACAGAUCGAGGUCGUGUUGCCUCGCGCGGCUCCGGCUCCGGCUUUGACUGGGUGCGAAAGCAGAACCAGCCGCAAGACCGCCUGGAGCGGCUGGCGGCAUUCAUGCUCACGGCACAGGCGACCGCCUCUGGCGGCUACGCGCUGGCUGAGAAGAAGCAGCUGCAGCUGCAGCCAAUGCUUGAUGGCACACGGAUUCUGUGCGCCAAGCCGCUUGAAGAAGGAACGGCCUCCAGCGGGAUGCCUCUGACCAGCGUCAGCACGGCUGGAAGGGCGUCACCGCCCCGGUCAGCCUCCCCGGCCGCGCCGGUGGCUGGGGCGCCAGUGGCAGCCGCGCCGGCAGGGCCAGCAGGGCCGGCAGGGCCGGCGGCACCGCGGACGCCCUCUCCAGAGGUGAAGGCUGGCGUGCCGAAAGUAACCUUCGCUGAGGAUGGCCUCACCGUUGUGGACGCUGCCGUCAAGGUGCAGAAGGAGGGCCGAAAAGCAGCGGCCGUGAACGCCGCCUCGGCCUACUCUGUGGGCGGCGGAGUGCUGAGCGGUGGCAGGCACGCACUGGAGGAGAGCUGCUGCAUGGUGAGCACUUUGUUGGCUUCCCUGCAGAAGGCCCAGUGGGACCAGCUUCAAGCAGAGGAGAAGAAAGACAAACUCAAUGACACAGGAGGGCGUUGGCGCGAACCAGAGGAGGACUUCCAUGCGCACGUGCCGGUGGAUGGCUGCAUUGUGAGCCCCUUUGUGGAGGUCUUCAGGGAAGGCAGCAACGACGGCUAUGGCUUCCUGGAGUCACCGGUGAAGCUUCAGGGCAUAGUGAGUGUGGCCAUGUUCAACAUGAACCCGCGAGUCAGCGACAGCCCGCUGGAUGCCCCGCGCGACUUCAAGGCUUAUUGCCAGCAGGUGAAGCUGAAGUUCCGGGCCGUGGUCACAGCAGCUGUGGAGAUGGGGGCGGAGGUCCUUGUGUGCCCAGAUGUGGGCUGCGGGGUCUUCGGAAACGAGCCCAAGGUUCUGGGCACUUUGCUCGGGGAGGUGCUGCGGGAACCGCAGGCGCAGAACCUGAAUGAGGUGCUGGUCACGGGCCAAGUGGCCUUUGCAGAGGCCGUGCGCAAGGCGGCCGGCGGCGAGAAGGUGGAGCUGUCGCCCCCCGCCUACUUCGCGGCGGUCUACGGCAAAACCGGGAAAAGCGGCGGCCGCGGCGGACGGCAGCCUGCGAACCCCACCGUGGUGGUGGCCACGGUUGCCGCGCCGGCAUCAGAAGGUUCUGGCAGCCGGGUCACACCAGUGCAGCAGGUUGCCGCGCCGGCAGCAGGAGGUUCUGGCAGCCGGGCCACACCAGUGCAGCAGGUUGCCGCGCCAGCAGCAGGAGGAUCUGAAAGCCGUGGCCCAGCGCAGGCGCGUCAAACUUCCGGCUGACCAGAAUAUGCCUCCGUCUCACUCCGCCGACAUUGGCCUCCCCUUUCUC